CAUGGCUCGACCACCAUAGACCACUACCACACGAUUUGCAGAAUUAAUUCAAUCCACUGAAAACACUGGAAAGAUCAAGCAUCUACCUGCUUAGACAAGAGCCUGGUCUGAAACCAUGGCAGAAUCCAGAGACUACGUUGGAGAAUUCCUCACAGAUUUCAAAGAACAGAUAAUCUUACGCGUGACACGGGUCAGUGACAUCACAGACACAGUCAUUUCCCAAAGUCUGAUCAAUGAUGGGGUAGCCCAGCAAGUCCAAAGUGCUCCCACUGGACAGGAGGCAAUGAGGCUUCUGUUUCAGGCCUUGGAAAGAGAACCUUCUCAACACAGAGUGUCCUUUCAUUUAAUAUUAAGAAUGACUGAACCAGAACUCAUUCAAGAGUUAGAAUGGAGACAACGAAACAGCAAGCAUACACAGACAGAAGUGGAUCAAUCUUCUGGAGAGAAAAAAAAGGAGGAUGAGAAGAGUGAACAAAAGGAUGACAGACAGAUAAAGAAAGAGUCGCUGAAGAGAAGAAGACUGGAGACAAUUCGGGCUAUAGAACAGAUUGAGAAACUCUGGGAAGGAACAAAAUAUGAGAGAAGUGAGAUUGGCAGGAUGAGGGAAAGAAUCCACCGACAGAAGGACAAAAUAUCCAGAAUGACAGAGGACAAAAGACAGCUAGAGAAGUUGGUGGUGCAAUUGAGGAAAGAUCUAGAACAUGCCAGUGACAGGAUGCAUCAAGAAAGGGAGGAGAUAAAACAAGAAAAAGAAAGGAUUGAGCAAGUAAGAGCUGACCUGCAGAUGGAGAGAAAUUUACUGGAAAACAAGUCUAAUGAAAUUAUUAGAGAGCGACAAAACUUAGAAAUGAUUAAGAAUGAAAUUGUGCAGGCCAAGCAAAAGAUGGAAGGCAAUCGUGAUGCAAUAAGGCAUGAGACAGAACGAAUAGAGCAAACUAAGACUGACCUACAGGUGCAAAUGCAGGAAAUAGAAAAAAAGGUUGAGGAGACAAAACAGGCUAAAGAAAGGACAGAGCAAAUCAAAGCUGAGAUAAAAGAGGAGAGGAAAGAUAUAGAAAGGAGGAGUGAGGACAUCAAGAGACAGACAGAGCAUCUAGAACAGAUAAACUCUACCAUAAACAGAGUGAAAGAGGAGAUGGAGCAAAGAUGGCAUGAAAUAGAGAAGGAGGAAUUGGAAAAGAGGUCAACAAUACAAAGAGAGAAAGAAGAACUGAUAAACAUGCAAUCUGAAUUUCAGAAUGCAAAGGAAGAGAUUGACAAGAGCAAAAGAGAGAUAAAGCUUGAGAAGGACAAGAUAACUCAGAUAAAAUCUGAUAUGCUGAAAGAGAAAGAGCUCUUAGAGCAAAGAUGUAAAGAAACCUUGAAAAAUGAUCUAGAGCAAAAGGCUGCACAACAGAGAGAAAGAGAAGAGCUUGAUCGGCUAUGGGUCGAGCUAGAGAGGGAGAAAGCUGCUAUAGACAAAAGCAGACAGGUUAUAAGUCAAGACAAAGAGAAACUAGAGCAGAUGAUGAUUAGGAUUCAGGAGCAAAGAGAAGAUAUCACAAAAAGACUAGAACAGACCAGACAGAUAGAAGAUAUAAUAAGACAAAUGAAGGAAGAAAUUGAUCUUGAAAGAGAAAAUUUAGAGAAGAUUUGGUUGGAAACAGAAAUAGAACCAUAUGAAAAAGUCAAGAAUGAACUUAAUGGACUAAGACAAGAAAUAGAGACACUUUGGGAUGAGGCAGAAAGGAGAGAACAAGAGGAGAGAGAGACAUUUUUUAUAGAAAAAAAGGAGAUGAAUAAAAAGGUGAUGGAAAUGAAGAAUGAGAUGAUGAACAUUCAAAUUAUGAAAGUGGAAUUAAUGAGACAGAGGGAUGAUGUAGAAGCCAAAAUAGAGAAGGUAAAGGAGGAAAUGGAUAAACUUGAGCAACUGAGGAAGGACCUGCAGAGACAAAAAGAGGAGGUUGAGAACAAAAUUACAGAAACUAAGAGUGAGAGGAAUGAAGUUGAGCAGAUGAGGGCUGAAGUGUUAUGUCAGAAAGAGGAAAUUGAAAAUAAAAUGCAACUAGCAAAAAUUGAGAUGGAAAAGAUGCAACGUAUCAAAGAUGAAAUACAACAACACCGAGAGAAAUUGGAUGAAAAAAUGUGGAGGGCAAAGAGAGAAAUGGAAGAUAUAGAGAUCAUGAAGAAAGAGAUGGACAGGAAGAAAAAAGAACAUGAACAAAGAAUGAAACAGGAAAUGAAACAAAAAGAUGAAAUAGAAAGAAAGAUAGAGGAGCUUCAACAAGCAAAAGAAGAAAUGGAAAGGAAAAGGGUUGAUAAAGACAGAUAUGAAAUGGAAAGUGUUAAGGCUGAGAUCCAGAGAGCAAGAGAGGAAUUAGAGAUCAGUGUAGACGAGAGAGAACUAGAUCCAGAAGGAAAAGAAGAGAUAAAUGCAAAGAUCAUCAACCUUAUUGAUCAGAUUGAGAAAACCAGAGAAAUGGUGUGGAAUACAAAGUUUCACAUAGAAAAUGGGAUGAGGGAAAAUCAAGUAGAAGCAGCAGACAAAGAGCUAAUGAAUGCUGAGUUGCAGAGACUUGUUGUGGAAAUUGAACACAUCCAAGAUGCACUUCAAAGGCUUAAAAAAGAAAUGGAGCAAAACAAGGAGGUUGUCAGGAGGGAAAAGGAAGAGAUAAGAAUGUUGAAGUCUGGAGUGCAACGAAAAAUUAGAUAUCUAAAAUACAAGGAAGAAAAAAUGAUAAGAAAACAGGGAGAGCUGGAAGUCAUGAGUGCCAAGAUACAGCGACAAAGAGACGAGCUGGAGAAAGGACUGGAAGAUAUUGUAUGGAUGAGUGAGAAGACAGAACUGAUGAAGACAAAGGAAGAGAUGGGCAAGAAAAAAGAAGUAACUUUGCAAGGGCAGAUCAAGGUUUCACUAGAGGAUGACCAUCUGGAGAAGACAGAGACUGGAACGUAUUCAGAUAAUGAAGCUAUGAUGUCUGAUAUAGUGCAAGAAAGACAAGAACUUGAGCAAUAUAAAGAAGGGCUAUUAAAAGAGGAACAUGAACUAGUAAGGAAAAAUGAAGAUAUUCAGACAGUUAAAGAUGAACUCAAAGAAGAAAUGGCCAAAUUGAGAGAGGAAGAAAAGGUGAUUGAAAAGAAGAAAAUGAGUCUAAUAAAUAUGGAAGAAAAAUUAAAGACACAGAGAGAGGCUAAAGAAAAUAAUGUGGACAUCAUAAUAAGAGAGAAGGAACAACUGAAUCAAAUGAAACAAGAACUUGCCAACAUGAAAAUAAAUAGAGAAAGCCAGAAGAAUGAAAGAGACUACUUCCAUAGGUACAAAAUAGUGAUGGCACUGAAAUCUGAUAUGCAAGUACAAACUGAAGACUGGGGUGGUAUAGAUGAGAUAAAAUCACAAGAGACAUAUAACGAAGAUAAGACCACGAUGAUCAAGAAAGAACUUGAGAAAGAUAGGGAAGCUCUAGAAAGGUUGCAUGAAGAAAUUAUUGAGGAAAAAUAUAAUUUAGUUCAGCUGAAAAAAGACUUAAAGCUGAGAGAAGAUGAGCUUCAGCUCAAACAAGAUGCAAUUCAGCAACAACAACAAAUAAUCAUAAACAUCCAGGACAAAGAGGGCAGAGAAGAUAUCAAAGAGCAUAAGCAAAAUAAAGCAUUGGAAAUUGCAAAGUUAGAAAUAAACAAGGCAUGGGAAGAUAUUUAUGCUCAACAUUUAAAAGACAGAGAAAAAGAAAGGAUGGAAUUAGAGGAAGAGAAAGAAAAACUAAGUAAAAUCAGGCUUGAUAUCAAAACACAAAGACAGACUAUGGAAGAUGAUCAACAUAAACUAAAACUUAAUAAAGAAAAACUGGAGAGAUUACACAGCAAACUGCAACAACAGCAAAGGGAAAUUGAAGAGGCACAAAAAACUACCAGUACUAAGAAGGGGGAGCUAGAAAAAAUAAAAUAUGACAUAAGUGAGCAAGAAAAACAACUGAAAAAUAUCCAGGAUAUUAGUAGGAGAGAGAAAGAUGAUCUUGAGGAGCUAAAAUCUAAAAUUGCAGUGGAAAGACAAAAAAUACAUGGUAGCCUAAUGGAGGAAUUGAAGAACGAAAGGGAAAAACUGGAAAGUGUAAAAUUGGAAUUUGAAGUUGUACAACAACAGAAGAUCAAGCUAGAAAAUGAUUUAGAACUCCAAAAACAAAUGAUUGAACAUGAUAAGAAACUACUAGAGCAGAUAAAAUCCCAGCUAAAAAGAAAAUCUGAGGACAUUGAGAAGUUAAAUCAAGAAAGACAGGAAAGACUAAAACUAGACAAGAUGGCAGCAAAACUUCAAAGAGAGAGAAAGAAUAUUGAUAGUCUUGCUGAGGAGUCUAGAAGGAGAAAAGAAGCCACGGAUCUAAUCCAGAAGGAAAUACAAGAAGCUGAGUUGGAGAAAUACAUGUUUGAUAAAGACCAUAUUCAGAAAAUAAGACAUGAGAUGGCAGAGCUGGAACUUAUGAGCACUGAGAUUAAUGUGGAGAAGAGAGAGCUUGAUCAGAAGAUGAGACAGGUUAUGAGAAAAAAAGAUGAGAUGGAGAGGAUUAAGAUUGAGAUAGAAAAAGCCAGAGAAGGACUAGAAAGGGAUAAAGAGUUGAUGGAAAGAAAGAGCUAUGAAUUAAAAGAGAUGAGAGACGAAAUGAGAAGCACAAGAAAUGAAUUUGAACUCUUAAUUGAAAAGGAUAGAGAUCUAGAAGAUCAGGCAGAAACAAGGGUAGAGAUUCAGAGACUGAUUUUAGAGGUUGUGGAAAUCACUGACAUGAUCCUGAAUUUUAAAACUAACAUGGAACAAAGGAUGGAUGUGAACAAAAUUGAUACAGAGGACAGAGACAAUGUGACAACUGAAAUACAGUGGUUGAUUCAAGAGAUAGAAAAAAUCAGAGAGAAUCUUGGAAAGAUAAAAGAAGUGGGAAAUAUUUGGAGAACAGAAAAGUACCUGGAUUUGAUUACUUCAGAAAUACAGAGGAAAGAACAAACCUUAGAAAGGCAGAAAUAUGAUAGAAAAAAGGUUAGAAAGAUUAAUGAAGAAAUUGACAGAAAGCAAAGUAUCCUUGAACAAAUCAAUGCAGAGAUAUUACGAAAAAAGAAAUUGUUGGAAAAAGAGAAGGAAGGCAUUAGAGUUGAAAAGCAGGAAUUAGAGUAUAAAAUAAAGGAAAGGAAUCUGAUAGAAAAGGAAAAAUUAGAGGAAUUCAGGAAUGAAACGAGGAAACAAAAAAUUACAUUUGAAAAAGAAAAAGAACAACACAGGAUUCUUGUUGAAGCAACAAACAGAAAGAAUGAUGACCUGGAGAAGAUGGCUGCUGAGAUAGCAGAGCAAAAAGAAGACAUUGACACAAAAAUCGGAAUUCUUCAGGAAGAGAAAAAUGAGCUUGAGCGUAAAAGAUUGGAGUUACAGAGGAAAGAUGAAGAGUUGCAUUUGCACAUAUUAAAACAAAAAGAAAAGGAGAACAUUGACAGAAUAGGAAUGGAAGAAGAGAGAAAAGCAAUUGAAAGGGAAAUAACCCUGAUCAAGAGAAAGAAGGAAGAGGCUGAAAAAGAAAAGGAAGAAAUGGCAAAGAGGUGGAAAGAACUAGACAUGGUGAAAGAUCAAUUAGAAAGAGAGAGAGAAGAAAUAGAGAAAGGCAAAGACAAAAUAAUAACUGACAAUGUUUUAUUGGACCAAAAAGAGAAUGAAUUAAAUGAAGAAAAGAAACUUCUGGAAGAAAAGUGGAAUAAAAUUACAAAGGACACCAAUGAUCGGGAUAAGAUCAGGGCAGAGCUUGAAGAAAAACAAGAAGGAAUUAACAUGAUGAAAGAGAAAAUGAAUCAGGAAAGAGAGAAGCUCGAUCAAAUAAUGAAUGAAAUUGAAACAGAAAAGGAAAGCAUGAGACUGAGUAGAGAAAUUACAACCAGAUUGAAAAAUGAGCUGGAACAAACGAAGACCAAGUUGGAAGCUAAGCAAUAUGAUGUUGAUCUUCAGUGGCAAAAUUUAAAGGAUGAGAGGAAUGCUUUCGAGCACUCAAAGGCAUCUAUUCAGAGAGAAGUUAAUGAUUUGAAGAAUGCACUGGAAAAGGCCAGAAUGGACAUGCAACACUUAUCUGAAAUAGUAAACACACUAGAAUGUGAAAAAGAGCAACACAUUAUUCUUGAAGAGGUAAUAUCCAGAAAGAAUGAGGAAUUGGAAAAGAUGGCUGCUGAAAGAGCAGAAGAAAACAAAGAGUUUGAGAACAAGAAAGCGCUUCUUGAAGUUGAAAAACAUGAUCUUGACAUCAAAUGGCUGGAGUUACAGAGGAGAGAUGAGGAAUUGCAAUUGCAAAUCACAGGGAAUAAGGAAAAGGAGCUCACUGAAAGAAUGAUAAUGGAACAGGAGAGAGAGGCGCUUGAAAAAGAAAGGAAUGACAUUAGGAGAUGCAAAGAAGAGACAGAAAAAGAAAAAGAAGAAAUGGAGAAGAAGUGGAAAGAACUUGAAAAUGUGGAAUUGCAAGUGAAAAAAGAUCAAGAUGAAAUAGUGGAAUGCAAAAGCAAGUUCAUCACCACCCAAAUGUUUCUUGAUGAAAGAGAGGCAGGACUGAAUCAGACACAGAUCAUUCUGGACGAGAAUCUUAAAGAAAUAAAUAAAGAAAAAAAUAAUCUAGAUAAGUUUCAUGCUGAACUUAAAAGUCAAAAAGAAGAUAUUGAAAAUAUCAAAGAGAAACUGAUAAAGGAGAGGAAGGAACUUGAUGAACUAAUGAGUGAAAAUCAAAUGGAGAAGCAAAACAUUUCAAUGGAUAAAGACAUUGCAAGCAAAAUGAAGAGUGAGCUAAAAGAAAUGAAGGGGAAGAUGGAUGCUCAGCAAUAUCAUGUUCACCUUGAAGAAGAAAGAUUACUGCAUGAGAGAAAAGAUUUUGAGCAGGUAAAGGCUUCUACGCAGAAAGAAGUUGAGACUAUGAAGAAUGAUUUGGAAAAGGACAGGAAUGACAUCCAAAAAUUGAAUGAAAUUGUGGCCACACUUGAAAAAGAAAAAGAACAAAACAGGAUUCUUGUUGAAGCAACCAACAGGAAGAAUGAUGACCUGGAGAAGAUGGCUGCUGAGAUAGCAGAGCAAAAACAAGACAUUGACACAAAAAUCGGAAUUCUUCAGGAAGAGAAAAAUGAGCUUGAGCAUAAAAGAUUGGAGCUACAGAGGAAAGAUGAAGAGUUGCAUUUGCACAUAUUAAAACAAAAAGAAAAGGAGAACAUUGACAGAAUAGGAAUGGAAGAAGAGAGAAAAGCAAUUGAAAGGGAAAUAACCCUGAUCAAGAGAAAGAAGGAAGAGGCAGAAAAAGAAAAGGAAGAAAUGGCAAAGAGGUGGAAAGAACUAGACAUGGUGAAAGAUCAAUUAGAAAAAGAGAGAGAAGAAAUAGAGAAAGGCAAAGACAAAAUAAUAACUGACAAAGUUUUACUGAACCAAAAAGAGAAUGAAUUAAAUGAAGAAAAGAAACUUCUGGAGGAAAAGUGGAAUAAAAUUACAAAGGACACCAAUGAUCUGGAUAAGAUCAGGGCAGAGCUUGAAGAAAAACAAGAAGAAAUUAACAUGAUGAAAGAGAAAAUGAAUCAGGAAAGAGAGGAGCUCGAUCAAAUAAUGAAUGAAAUUGAAACAGAAAAGGAAGGCAUGAGAUUGAGUACAACCAAAUUGAAAAAUGAGGUGGAACAAAUGAAGGCCAAAUUGGAAGCUAAGCAAUAUGAUGUUGAUCUUCAAAGGCAAAAUUUAGAAGAUGAGAGGAAUGCUAUAGAGCAGUCAAAGGCAUCUAUACAAAGAGAAGUUAAUGAUUUGAAGAAUGCUUUGGAAAAGGCCAGAAAAGACAUGCAACACUUAUCUGACAUAUUAACCACACUAGAACAUGAAAAAGAGCAACAUAGGAUUCUUGAAGAGGUAAUAUCCAGAAAGAUUGAGGAAUUUGACAAGAUGGCUGCUGAAAGAGCAGAAGAAAACAAAGAGUUUGAGACCAAGAAAUUGCUUCUUGCAGUUGAAAAACAUGACCUUAACAGCAAAUGGCUGGAGAUGCAGAGGAGAGAUGAAGAAUUGCAAUUGCAAAUCACAGGGAAUAAGGAAAAGGAGCUCACUGAAAGAAUGAUAAUGGAACAGGAGAGAGAGGCUCUUGAAAAAGAAAAGAAUGACAUUAGGAGAUGCAAAGAAGAGACAGAAAAAGAAAAGGAAGAAAUGGAGAAGAAGUGGAAAGAACUAGAAACUGUGGAAUUGCAAGUGAAAAAAGAUCAAGAUGAAAUAGAGGAAGACAAAAGCAAGUUCAUCACCACCCAAAUGUUUCUUGAUGAAAGAGAGGCUGGACUGCAUCAGAAACAGAUCAUUAUGGAUGAGAAUCUGAAAGAAAUAAAUAAAGAACAAAAUAAUCUAGAUAAGAUUAAGGAUGAACUUGAAAGUCAAAAAGAAGAGAUUGAAAAUAUAAAAGAGAAAUUGAUAAAGGAGAGGAAGGAACUUGAUGACCUAAUGAGUGAAAAUCAAAUAGAGAAGCAAAACAUUUUAAUGGAUAAAGACAUUGCAAGGAAAAUGAAGAAUGAGCUAAAACAAAUGAAGAUGAAGAUGGAGGCUCAGCAAUAUUAUGUUGACCUUGAAGAAGAAAGAUUACUGCAUGAGAGAAAAGAUUUUGAGCAGCUAAAGGCAAAUACGCAGAAAGAAGUUGACACUAUGAAGAAUGAUUUGGAAAAGGCCAGGAGUAACAUCCAAAAAUUGAAUCAAAUUGUGGCCACACUUGAAAAAGAACAAGAACAAAACAGGAUUCUUGUUGAGGCAACAAACAGGAAGAAUGAUGACCUGGAGAAGAUGGCUGCUGAGAUGGCAGAGCAAAAACAAGACAUUGACACAAAAAUCGGCAUUCUUCAGGAAGAGAAAAAUGAGAUUGAGUGUAAAAGAUUGGAGAUACAGAGGAAAGAUGAAGAGUUGCAUUUGCACAUAUUAAAACAAAAAGAAAAGGAGAACAUUGAAAGAAUAGGAAUGGAAGAAGAGAGAAAAGCAAUUGAAAGAGAAAUAACCCUGAUCAAGAGAAAGAAGGAAGAGGCUGAAAAAGAAAAGGAAGAAAUGGCAAAGAGGUGGAAAGAACUAGACAUGGUGAAAGAUCAACUGGAAAAAGAGAGAGAAGUAAUAGAGAAAGGCAAAGACAAAAUAAUAACUGACAAUGUUUUAUUGGACCAAAAAGAGAAUGAAUUAAAUGAAGAAAAGAAACUUCUGGAGGAAAAAAUGAAUGAAAUAACAAAGGAGAGCAAUAAUCUGUAUAAAAUUAGUUUGGAAAUUGAAGAAAAACAAGAUGAAAUUAAUAUGAUGAAAGAGAAAAUGAAUCAGGAAAGAGAGGAGCUCCAUCAAAUAAUGAAUGAAAUUGAAACAGAAAAGGAAAGCAUGAGAUUGAGAACAGAAAUGACAACCAAUGUUAAAAAUGAGCUGGAACAAAUGAAAGCCAAGUUGGAAGCUACGAAGUAUGAUGUUGAUCUUCAAAGGCAAAAUUUAGAAGUUGAAAGGAAUGCUUUCGAACAUUCAAAGGCAUCUAUGCAAAGAGAAGUUAAUGACUUGAAGAAUGCUCUGGAAAAGGCUAGAAUGGACAUGCAACACUUAUCUGACAUAUUAACCAUACUAGAACGUGACAAAGAGCAACACAGGAUUCUUGAAGAGGUAAUAUCCAGACAGAAUGAGGAAUUGGAUAAGAUGGCUACUGAAAGAGCAGAAGAAAACAAAGAGUUUGAGACCAUGAAAGCACUUCUUGAAGUUGAAAAACUUGACCUUAACAGCAAAUGGCUGGCGUUACAGAGGAGAGAUGAGGAAUUGCAAUUGCAAAUCACAGGGACUAAGGAAAAGGAGCUCACUGAAAGAAUGAUAAUGGAACAAGAGAGAGAGGUUCUUGAAAAAGAAAGGAAUGACAUUAGGAGAUGCAAAGAAGAGACAUUAAAAGAAAAAGAAGACAUGAAAAAGAAGUGGAAAGAACUAGAAACUGUGGAAUUGCAAGUGAAGAAAGACCAAGAUGAAAUAGAGGAAUCCAAAAGCAAUUUCAUCACCACUCAAAUGUUUCUUGAUGAAAGAGAGGCUGGACUAAAUCAGAAGGAGAUAAUUAUGGAUGAGAAUCUGAAAGAAAUAAAGAAAGAACAAAAUAAUAUACAUAAGUUUAAUGCUGAAAUUGAAAGUCAAAAAUAUGAACUUGAAAAUAUCAAAGAGAAAUUGCUGAAGGAGAGGAAGGAACUUGAUCAACUGAUGAGGGAAAUUCAGAUGGAGAAGCAAAACCUUUCAAUUGAUAAAGAGUUUGCAAGCAAAAUGAAGAGUGAGCUAAAAGAAAUGAAGGGGAAGAUGGAUGCUCAACAAUAUCAUGUUCACCUUGAAAAAGAAAGAUUACUGCAUGAGAGAAAAGAUUUUGAGCAGGUAAAGGCAUCUACGCAGAAAGAAGUUGAGACUAUGAAGAAUGAUUUGGAAAUGGCCAGGAGUAACAUCCAAAAAUUGAAUCAAAUUGUGGCCACACUUGAAAAAGAACAAGAACAAAACAGGAUUCUUGUUGAGGCAACAAACAGGAAGAAUGAUGACCUGGAGAAGAUGGCUGCUGAGAUAGCAGAGCAAAAACAAGACAUUGACACAAAAAUCGGCAUUCUUCAGGAAGAGAAAAAUGAGCUUGAGCGUAAAAGAUUGGAGUUACAGAGGAAAGAUGAAGAGUUGCAUUUGCACAUAUUAAAACAAAAAGAAAAGGAGAACAUUGACAGAAUAGGAAUGGAAGAAGCGAGAAAAGCAAUUGAAAGAGAAAUAAUCCUGAUCAAGAGAAAGAAUGAAGAGGCUGAAAAAGAAAAGGAAGAAAUGGCAAAGAGGUGGAAAGAACUAGACAUGGUGAAAGAUCAAUUAGAAAAAGAGAGAGAAGAAAUAGAGAAAGGCAAAGACAAAAUAAUAACUGACAAUGUUUUAUUGGACCAAAAAGAGAAUGAAUUAAAUGAAGAAAAGAAAAGUUUUGAGGAAAAGCUGAAUAAAAUUACAAAGGAGAGCAACAAUCUGGAUAAGAUCAGGGUGAAACUUGAAGAAAAGCAAGAAGAAAUUAAUACGCUGAAAGAUAAAAUGACGCAGGAAAGAGAGGAGCUUGAACAAAUAAUGAAUGAAAUUAAAACGGAAAAGGAAAGCAUGAGAUUGAAUACAGACGUUACAACAAAAUUGAAAAAUGAGGUUGAACAAAUGAAGGCCAAGUUGGAAGCUAAGCAGUAUGAUAUUGAUCUUCAAAGGCAAAAUUUAGAAGUUGAGAGGAAUGCUUUUGAGCAGUCAAAGGCAUCUAUGCAAAGAGAAGUUAAUGAUUUGAAGAUAGCUUUGGAAAGGGCCAGAAUGGACAUGCAACACUUAUCUGACAUAUUAACCAUAAUAGAAUAUGAAAAAGAGCAACACAGAAUUCUUGAAGAGGUAAUAUCAAGAAAGAAUGAGGAAUUGGACAAGAUGGCUGCUGAAAGAGCAGAAGAAAAUAAAGAAUUUGAGACAAACAAAGCACUUCUUGAAGUUGAAAAACAUGACCUUAACAGCAAAUGGCUGGAGAUGCAGAGGAGAGAUGAAGAAUUGCAAUUGCAAAUCACAGGGAAUAAGGAGAAGGAGCUCACUGAAAGAAUGAUAAUGGAACAGGAGAGAGAGGCUCUUGAAAAAGAAAAGAAUGACAUUAGGAGAUGCAAAGAAGAGACAGAAAAAGAAAAAGAAGGCAUGGAGAAGAAGUGGAAAGAACUAGGAACUGUCAAAUUGCAAGUGAAAAAAGAUCAAGAUGAAAUAAUGGAAUGCAAAAGGAAGUUCACGAGCAUUCAGUUGUUACUUGAUCAAAGAGAGGCUGGACUGAAUCAGACACAGAUUAUUCUGGAUGAGAAUCUAAUAGAAAUAAAGAAAGAACAAAAAAAUCUAGAUAACCUUAAGGCUGAACUUGAAAGUCAAAAAGAAGAAGUAGAACAUUUCAAAGAGAAAUUGAUAAUGGAGAGGAAGGAACUUGAUGCAAUUAUGAGUGAAAUUCAAAUGGAGAAGCAAAACAUUUCAAUGGAGAAAGACAUUGCAAGCAAAAUGAAGAAUGACCAAAAAAAAAUGAAGGAGAAGAUGGAUGCUCAACAAUAUCAUGUUGACCUUGAAGAACAAAGGUUGCUGCAUGAGAGGAAAUAUUUUGAGCAGGUAAAGGCAUCUAUGCAGGAUGAAUUUGAGGCUAUGAGGAAUGAUUUGGAAAAGGCCAGAAAUGACAUCCAAAAAUUGAAUGAAAUUGUAGCGACACUUGAAAAAGAAAAAGAACAAAACAGGAUUCUUGUUGAGGCAACAAACAGGAAGAAUGAUGACCUGGAGAAGAUGGCUGCUGAGAUAGCAGAGCAAAAAGAAGACAUUGACACAAAAAUCGGAAUUCUUCAGGAAGAGAAAAAUGAGCUUGAGCGUAAAAGAUUGGAGCUACAGAGGAAAGAUGAAGAGUUGCAUUUGCACAUAUUAAAACAAAAAGAAAAGGAGAACAUUGACAGAAUAGGAAUGGAAGAAGAGAGAAAAGCAAUUGAUAGGGAAAUAACCCUGAUCAAGAGAAAGAAUGAAGAGGCUGAAAAAGAAAAGGAAGAAAUGGCAAAGAGGUGGAAAGAACUAGACAUGGUGAAAGAUCAAUUAGAAAAAGAGAGAGAAGAAAUAGAGAAAGGCAAAGACAAAAUAUUAACUGACAAUAUUUUAUUGUUCCAAAAAGAGAAUGAAUUAAAUGAAGAAAAGCAACUUCUGGAGGAAAAGAUGAAUAAAAUUACAAACGAGAGCAACAAUAUGGAUAAGAUCAAGGUGGAACUUGAAGAAAAGCAAGAAGAAAUUAACAUGAUGAAAGAGACAAUGAAAUGGGAAAGACAGGAGCUCGAUCAAAUAAUGAAUGAAAUUGAAACAGAAAAGGAAAGCAUUCGAUUAAGUGCAGAUCUUACAAGCAAAUUGAAAAAUGAGGUGGAACAAAUGAAAGCCAAGUUGGAAGUUAAGCAGUAUGAUGUUGAUCUUCAAAGGCAAAAUUUAGAAGUUGAGAGCAUUGCUUUUGAGCAGUCAAAGGCAUCUAUGCAAAGAGAAGUUAAUGCCUUCAAGGAUGCUUUGGAAAAGGCUGGAAUGGACAUGCAACAAUUAUCUGACAUAUUAAUCACACUAGAACAUGAAAUAGAGCAACACAGGAUUCUUGAAGAGGUAAUAUCCAGAAAGAAUGAGGAAUUGGACAAGAUGGCUGCUGAAAGAGCAGAAGAAAACAAACAGUUUGAGAUGCAGAAAUUGCUUCUUGAAGUUGAAAAACAUGACCUUAACAGCAAAUGGUUGGAGUUACAGAGAAGAGAAGAGGAAUUGCAUUUACAAAUCACAGGAAAUAAGGAAAAGGAGCUCAGGCUAAGAAUUAUGAUGGAACAGGAGAGAGAGGCUCUUGAAAAAGAAAAGAAUGACAUUAGGAGAUGCAAGGAAGAGACAGAAAAAGAAAAAGAAGUAAUGGAAAAGAAGAGGAAAGAACUAGAAACUGUGGAAUUGCAUGUGAAAAAAGAUCAAGAUGAAAUACAGGAAUUUAUAAGCAAUUGUAUCACCGCCCAAUUGUUUCUUGAUGACAGAGAGGCAGGACUGAAUCAGAAACAGAUCAUUAUGGACAAUAAUUUGAAAGAAAUAAAGGAAGAACAGAAUAAUCUAAAUAAGACUAAGGUUGAAUUGGAAAGGCAAACAGAAGAACUUGAAUAUUUCAAAGAGAAAUUGAUAAAGGAGAGGAAGGAACUUGAUGAACUAAUGAGUGAAAAUCAAUUGGAGAAAGAAAACAUUUCGGUGGAUAAAGACAUUGCAAUCAAAAUGAAGAAUGAGCUAAAACAAAUGAAGGAGAAGAUGGAUGCUCAACAAUAUCAUGUUGACCUUGAAGAACAAAGAUUGCUGCAUGAGAGGAAAGAUUUUGAGCAGGUAAAGGCAUCUAUGCAGAAAGAAGUUGACACUAUGAAGAAAGAUUUGGAAAAGGCCAGGAGUGACAUCCAAAAAUUUAAUGAAAUUGUAGCCACACUUGAAAAAGAACAAGAACAAAACAGGAUUCUUGUUGAGGCAACAAACAGGAAGAAUGAUGACCUGGAGAAGAUGGCUGCUGAGAUAGCAAAGCAAAAACAAGACAUUGACACAAAAAUCGGAAUUCUUCAGGAAGAGAAAAAUGAGCUUGAGCGUAAAAGAUUGGAGUUACAGAGGAAAGAUGAAGAGUUGCAUUUGCACAUAUUAAAACAAAAAGAAAAGGAGAACAUUGACAGAAUAGGAAUGGAAGAAGAGAGAAAAGCAAUUGAAAGGGAAAUAACCCUGAUCAAGAGAAAGAAGGAAGAGGCUGAAAAAGAAAAGGAAGAAAUGGCAAAGAGGUGGAAAGAACUAGACAUGGUGAAAGAUCAAUUAGAAAAAGAGAGAGAAGAAAUAGAGAAAGGCAAAGACAAAAUAAUAACUGACAAUAUUUUAUUGGACCAAAAAGCGAAUGAAUUAAAUGAAGAUAAGCAACUUCUGGAGGAAAAGAUGAAUAAAGUUAUAAAGGACACCAAUGAUCUGGAUAAGAUCAGUGCAGAGCUUGAAGAAAAGCAAGAAGAAAUUAACAUGAUGAAAGAGAAAAUGAAUCAGGAAAGAGAGGAGAUCGAUCAAAUAAUGACUGAAAUUGAAACAGAAAAGGAAAGCAUUCAAUUGAGUACAGCUCUUACAAGCAAAUUGAAAAAUGAGGUGGAACAAAUGAAGGCCAAGUUGGAAGCUAAGCAAUAUGAUGUUGAUUUUCAAAGGCAAAAUUUAGAAGAUGAGAGGAAUGCUUUUGAACAGUCAAAGGCAUCUGUGCAAAGAGAAGUUAAUGAUAUGAAGAAUGCAUUAGAAAAGGCCAGAAUGGACAUGCAACACUUAUCUGACAUAAUAACAACACUAGAAAGUGAAAAAGAGCAGCACAGAAUUCUUGAAGAGGUAAUAGCCAGAAAGAAUGAGGAAUUAGAGAAGAUGGCUGCUGAAAGAGCAGAAGAAAACAAAGAGUUUGAGACCAAGAAAUUGCUUCUAGAAGAUGAAAAACAUGACCUUAACAGCAAAUGGCUGGAGUUACAGAGGAGAGAUGAGGAAUUACAAUUGCAAAUCACAGGGAAUAAGGAAAAGGAGAUUAGUAAAAGAAUGAUAAUGGAACAGGAGAGAGAGGCUCUUGAAAAAGAAAAGAAUGACUUUAGGAGAUACACAGAAGAGACAGAAAAAGAAAAAGAAGACAUGGAGAAGAAGUGGAAAGAACUGGAAACUGUGGAAUUGCAAGUGAAAAAAGAUCAAGAUGAAAUAGACGAAUUCGUAAGCAAGUUCAUGACCACCCAAAUUUUUCUUGAUGAAAGAGAGGCUGCAUUGAAUCAGAAACAAAUCAUUAUGGAUGAGAAUCUAAAAGAAAUAAAGAAAGAACAAAAUAAUCUAUAUAAGAUUAAGGCUGAGCUUGAAAGUCAAAAGGAAGACGUAGAAAAUAUCAAAGAGAAAUUGAUAACGGAGAGGACGGAACUUCAUGUACUAAUGAGUGAAAUUCAAAUGGAGAAGCAAAACAUUUCAUUGGAUAAAGAUACUGCAAGCAAAAUGAAGAAUGAGCUAAAACAAAUAAAGGCAAAAAUGGAAACUCAACAAUAUCAUGUUGACCUUGAAGAACAAAGAUUACUGCAUGAGCGUAAAGAUUUUGAGCAGGUAAAGGCAUCUACGCAGAAAGAAGUUGAUGCUAUCAAGAAUGAUUUGGAAAAGGCCAGGAGUAAUGUCCAAAAAUUGAAUGAAAUUGUAGCCACACUUGAAAAUGACAAAGAAGAAAACAGGAAUCUUGUGGAGGCAACAAACAGAAAGAAUGAUGAGCUGGAGAAGAUGGCUGCUGAGAUAGCAGAGCAAAAACAAGACAUUGACACAACAAUUAGCAUUAUUCAGGAAGAGAAAAAUGACCUGGAAUGUAAAAGAUUGGAGUUACAGAGGAAAGAUGAAGAGUUGCAUUUACACAUAUUAAAACAAAAAGAAAUUGAGAACAUUGACAGAAUGGGAAUGGAAGAAGAGAGAAAAGCAAUUGAAAGGGAAAUAACCCUGAUCAAGAGAAAGAAGGAAGAGGCAGAAAAAGAAAAGGAAGAAAUCGCAAAGAAGUGGAAAGAAAUAGACAUGGUGAAAGAUCAACUGGAAAAAGAGAGAGAAGAAAUAGAGAAAGGCAAAGAAAAAAUAUUAACUGACAAUGUUUUAUUGUUCCAAAAAGAGAAUGAAUUAAAUGAAGAAAAGAAACAUCUGGAGGAAAAGAUGAAUAACAUUACAAACGAGUGCAAGAAUAUGGAUAAGAUCAAGGUGGAACUUGAAGAAAAGCAAGAAGAAAUUAACAUGAUGAAAGAUACAAUGAAAUGGGAAAGACAGGAGCUCGAUCAAAUAAUGAAUGAAAUUGAAACAGAAAAGGAAAGCAUUCGAUUAAGUGCAGAUCUUACAAGCAAAUUGAAAAAUGAGGUAGAACAAAUGAAAGCCAAGUUGGAAGUUAAGCAGUAUGAUGUUGAUCUUCAAAGGCAAAAUUUAGAAGAUGAGAGGAAUGCAAUAGAACAGUCAAAGGCAUCUAUACAAAAAGAGGUUGGUGAUUUGAAGAAUUCUUUUGAAAAGGCCAGAAUGGACAUGCUACACUUAUCUGACAUAUUAACUACACUAGAACGUGAAAAAGAACAACACAGGAUUCUUGAAAGGGUAGUAUCCAAAAAGAUUGAGGAAUUUGACAAGAUGGCUGCUGAAAGAGCAGAAGAAAACAAAGAGUUUGAGAACAAGAAAGAGCUUCUUGAAGUUGAGAAACAUGAUCUUAACAGCAAAUGGCUGGAAAUAAAGAGGAGAGAAGAGGAAUUGCAAUUGGAAAUCACAGUGAAUAAGGAAAAGGUGCUCAGUGAAAGAAUGAUAAUGGAACAGGAGAGAGAGGCUCUUGAAAAAGAAAAGAAUGACAUUAGGAAAUGCAAAGAAGAGACAGAAAAAGAAAAAGAGGACAUGGAGAAGAAGUGGAAAGAAUUAGAAAUGGUGGGAUUGCAAGUGAAAAAAGAUCAAGAUGAAAUAGAGGACUGCAAAAGAAAAUUCAUCACCACCCAAAUGUUUCUUGAUGAAAGAGAGGCAGGACUGAAUCAGAAAAAGAUCAUUCUGGACAAGAAUCUGAAAGACAUAAAGAAAGAACAAAAUAAUCUAGAGAAGACUAAGGAUGAACUUGAAAGUCAAAAAGAAGAGAUUGAAAAUAUAAAAGAGAAAUUGUUAAAGGAGAGGAAGGAACUUGAUGCCCUAAUUAGAGAAAUUCAAAUGGAGAAGCAAAACAUUUCAAUAGAUAAAGACAUUGCAAGCAAACUGAAGAAUGAGUUAAAACAAAUGAAGGCAAAGAUGGAUGCUCAGCAAUAUCAUGUUGACCUUGAAGAACAAAGAUUACUGCAUGAGAGAAAAGAUUUUGAGCAGGUAAAGGCAUCUACGCAGAAAGAAGUUGACAGUAUGAAGAAUGAUAUGGAAAAGGCCAGAAAUGACAUCCAAAAAUUGAAUGAAAUUGUGGCGACACUUGAAAAAGAAAUAGAACAAAACAGGAUUCUUGUUGAGGCAACAAACAGGAAGAAUGAUGACCUGGACAAGAUGGCUGCUGAGAUAGCAGAGCAAAAACAAGACAUUGACACAAAAAUCGGCAUUCUUCAGGAAGAGAAAAAUGAGCUUGAGCGUAAAAGAUUGGAGUUACAGAGGAAAGAUGAAGAGUUGCAUUUGCACAUAUUAAAACAAAAAGAAAAGGAGAACAUUGACAGAAUAGGAAUGGAAGAAGAGAGAAAAGCAAUUGAAAGGGAAAUAACCCUGAUCAAGAGAAAGAAGGAAGAGGCUGAAAAAGAAAAGGAAGAAAUGGCAAAGAGGUGGAAAGAACUAGACAUGGUGAAAGAUCAAUUAGAAAAAGAGAGAGAAGAAAUAGAGAAAGGCAAAGACAAAAUAAUAACUGACAAUGUUUUACUGGACCAAAGAGAGAAUGAAUUAAAUGAAGAAAAGCAACUUCUGGAGGAAAAGAUGAAUAAAGUUAUAAAGGACACCAAUGAUCUGGAUAAGAUCAGGGCAGAGCUUGAAGAAAAACAAGAAGAAAUUAACAUGAUGAAAGAGAAAAUGAAUCAGGAAAGAGAGGAGCUCAAACAAAUAAUGACUGAAAUUGAAACAGAAAAGGAAGGCAUGAGAUUGAGUACAACCAAACUGAAAAAUGAGGUGGAACAAUUGAAGGCCAAAUUGGAAGCUAAGCAAAAUGAUGUUGAUCUUCAAAGGCAAAAUUUAGAAGAUGAGAGGAAUGCUUUUGAACAGUCAAACUCAUCUAUGCAAAGAGAAGUUAAUGAUAUUAAGAAUGCUUUGGAAAAGGCCAGAAUGGACAUGCAACACUUAUCUGACAUUUUAAUCAUAAUAGAACAUGAAAAAGAGCAACACAGGAUUCUCGAAGAGGUAAUAUCAAGAAAGAAUGAGGAAUUGGACAAGAUGGCUGCUGAAAGAGCAGAAGAAAACAAAGAGUUUCAGAUCAACAAAGCAUUUCUUGAAGUUGAAAAACAUGACCUUAACAGCAAAUGGCUUGAGUUACAGAGGAGAGAUGAGGAAUUGCAAUUGCAAAUCACAGGGAAUAAGGAAAAGGAGCUCACUGAAAGAAUGAUAAUGGAACAGGAGAGAGAGGCUCUUGAAAAAGAAAAGAAUGACAUUAGGAGACGCAAAGAAGAGACAGAAAAAGAUAAACAAGACAUGGAGAAGAAGUGGAAAGAAUUAGAAACUAUGGAAUUGCAAGUGAAAAAAGAUCAAGAUGAAAUAGACGAAUUCCUCAGCAAGUUCAUCACCACCCAAAUGUUUCUUGAUGAAAGAGAGUCUGGACUGAAUCAGAAACAGAUCAUUAUGGAUGAUAAUUUGAAAGAAAUAAAGGAAAAGGAAAAUAAUCUAAAUACUUUUAUGGCUGAACUUGAAAGUAAAAAAGAAGAACUAGAAAAUAUCAAAGAGAAAUUGAUAAAGGAGAGGAAGGAAAUUGAUACAAUAAUGAGUGAAAUUGAAAUGGAGAAGCAAAACAUUUCAAUGGAGAAUGACAUUGCAAGCAAAAUGAAGAAUGAGUUAAACCAAAUUAAGACAAAUCUGGAUGCUCAGCAAUAUCAUUUUGACCUUGAAGAACAAAGAUUACUGCAUGAAAGAAAGGAUUUUGAGCAGGUAAAGACAUCUAUACAGAAAGAAUUUGAUGCUAUGAGGAAUGAUUUGGAAAAGUACAGGAGUGACAUCCAAAAAUUAAAUGAAAUUGUGGCCGCACUUGAAAAAGAAAAAGAACAAAACAGGAUUCUUGUUGAGGCAACAAACAAAAAGAAUGAUGACUUGGAGAAGAUGGCUGCUGAGAUAGCAGAGCAAAAACAGGACAUCAACACAACAAUUAGCAUUCUUCAGGAAGAGAAAAAUGACCUUGAACGUAAAAGAUUGGAGUUACAGAAGAAAGAUGAAGAGUUGCAUUUGCACAUAUUAAAACAAAAAGAAAAGGAGAACAUUGACAGAAUAGGAAUGGAAGAAGGGAGAAAAGCAAUUGAAAGGGAAAUAACCCUGAUCAAGAGAAAGAAGGAAGAGGCUGAAAAAGAAAAGGAAGAAAUGGCAAAGAGGUGGAAAGAACUAGACAUGGUGAAAGAUCAAUUAGAAAAAGAGAGAGAAGAAAUAGAGAAAGGCAAAGACAAAAUAAUAACUGACAAAGUUUUACUGGACCAAAAAGAGAAUGAAUUAAAUGAAGAAAAGAAACUUCUGGAGGAAAAGAUGAAUGAAAUAUCAAAGGAGAAUAACAAUCUGGAUAUCAUCAGGGAGGAAUUUGAAGAAAAACAAGAAGAAAUUAACAUGAUGAAUGAGAAAAUGAAUCAGGAAAGAGAGGAGCUCAAUCAAAUAAUGACUGAAAUUGAAACAGAAAAGGAAAUUAUUCAAUUGAAUGCAGAACUUGCAACCAAAUUGAAAAAUGAGGUGGAACAAAUGAAGUCCAUGUUGCAAGCUAAGCAAUAUGAUGUUGAUAUUCAAAGGCAAAAUUUAGAAGAUGAGAGGAAUGCUUUCGAGCAGUCAAAGGCAACUAUGCAAAAAGAAGUUUAUGACUUGAAGAAUGCAUUGGAAGAGGCAAGACUAGAUAUGCAACACUUAUCUGACAUAUCAACCACACUGGAACGUGAAAAAGAGCAACACAGAAUUCUUGAAGAGAUAAUAUCCAGAAAGAAUGAGGAAUUUGAUAAGAUGGCUGCUGAAAGAGCAGAAGAAAACAAAGAGUUUGAGACCAAGAAAAUGCUUCUUGAACUUGAAAAACAUGACCUUAACAGCAAUUGGCUGGAGUUACAGAGGAAAGAAGAGGAAUUGCAAUUGCAAAUCACAGGGAAUAAGGAAAAAGAGCUCACUGAAAGAAUGAUAAUGGAACAUGAGAGAGAGGCUCUUGAAAAAGAAAGGAAUGACAUUAGGAGAUGCAAAGAAGAGACAGAAAAAGAAAAAGAGGACAUGAAAAAUAAGUUGAAAGAACUAGAAACUGUGGAAUUGCAAGUGAAGAAAGACCAAGAUGAAAUAGAGGAAUCCAAAAGGAAGUUCAUCACUUCCCAAUUGUUCCUCGAUGAAAGGGAAGCUGGACUAACUCAGAAACAGAUCAUUAUAGAUGAGAAUAUGAAAGACAUAAAUAAAGAACAAAAUUAUCUAAAAAACAUUAAGGCUGAAUUUCAGAAGCAAAAAGAAGAACUUGAAUAUUUCAAACAGAAAUUGAUAAAGGAGAGGAAGGAACUUGAUGAACUAAUGAGUGUAAACCAAAUGGAUAAGCAAAGCAUUUCAAUAGAUAAAGAAAUUUUAAGCAAAAUGAAGAAUGAGCUGAAACAAAUGAAGGAAAACAUCGAUGCUCAGCAAUAUCAUGUUGACCUUGAAGAACAAAGAUUACUGCAUGAGAGAAAAGAUUUUGAGCAGGUAAAGGCAUCUACGCAGAAAGAAGUUGACACUAUGAAGAAUGAUUUGGAAAAGGCCAGAAAUGACAUCCAAAAAUUGAAUGAAAUUGUAACCACACUUGAAAAAGAAAAAGAACAAAACAGGAUUAUUGUUGAGGCAACAAACAGGAAGAAUGAUGACCUGGACAAGAUGGCUGCUGAGAUAGCAGAGCAAAAACAAGACAUUGACACAAAAAUCGGCAUUCUUCAGGAAGAGAAAAAUGAGCUUGAGCGUAAAAGAUUGGAGCUACAGAGGAAAGAUGAAGAGUUGCAUUUGCACAUAUUAAAACAAAAAGAAAAGGAGAACAUUGGCAGAAUAGGAAUGGAAGAAGAGAGAAAAGCAAUUGAAAGGGAAAUAACCCUGAUCAAGAGAAAGAAGGAAGAGGCUGAAAAAGAAAAGGAAGAAAUGGCAAAGAGGUGGAAAGAACUAGACAUGGUGAAAGAUCAAUUAGAAAAAGAGAGAGAAGAAAUAGAGAAAGGCAAAGACAAAAUAAUAACUGACAAUGUUUUACUGGACCAAAAAGAGAAUGACUUAAAUGAAGAAAAGAAACUUCUGGAGGAAAAGAUGAAUAAAGUUACAAAGGCGAGCAACAAUCUGGAUACACUCAAGGUGGAACUUGAAGAAAAACAAGAAGAAAUUAAAAUGAUGAAAGAGAAAAUUAAACAGGAAAGAGAAGAGCUCGAUCAUAUAAUAAGUGACUUUGAAACAGAAAAGGAAAUUAUUCAAUUGAAAAGAGACCUUACAACCAAAUUGCAAAAUGAGGUGGAACAAAUAAAGGCCAAGUUGCAAGCUUUCCUAUAUGAUGUUAAUCUUCAAAGGCAAAAUUUAGAAGAUGCGAGGAACGAUUUUGAGCAGUCAAAGGCAUCUAUGCAAAGAGAAGUUAAUGAUUUGAAGAAUGCUUUAGAAAAGGCUAGAAUGGACAUUCAACAAUUAUCUGACAUUGUAAGUACACUAGAAUAUGAAAAAGAGCAACACAGGAUUCUUGAAGAGGGAAUAUCCAGAAAGAAUGAGGAAUUGGACAAGAUGGCUGCUGAAAGAGCAGAAGAAAACAAAGAGUUUGAGACCAUGAAAUUGCUUCUAGAAGAUGAAAAACAUGACCUUAACAGUAAAUGGUUUGAGUUACAAAGGAGAGAAGAGGAAUUGCAGUUGCAAAUCACAGGGAAUAAGGAAAAGGAGCUCAGUGAAAGAAUGCUAAUGGAACAGGAAAGAGAGGCUCUUGAAAAAGAAAAGAAUGACAUUAGGAGAUGCAAAGAAGAGACAGAAAAAGAAAAGGAAGAAAUGGAGAAGAAGUGGAAAGAAAUAGAAACUGGGGAAUUGCAAGUGAAAAAAGAUCAAGAUGAAAUAGAGGAAUGCAAAUGGAGGUUCUUCACCACCCAAAUGCUUCUUGAUGAAAGAGAGUCUGGACUGAAUCAGAAACAGAUCAUUAUAGAUGAGAAUCUGAAGGAAAUAAAUAUUGAUCGAAAUAAUUUUAAGAAGAGUAAGGCAGAACUUGAAAAGCAAAAAGAAGAGAUUGAAGAUAUAAAAGAGAAAUUGAUAAAGGAGAGGAAGGAACUUGAUCAACGAAUGAUUGAAAAUCAACUGGAGAAGCAAAACAUUUUGAUGGAUAAAGACAUUGCAUCCAAUAUGAAGAAUGAGCUAAAAGAAAUGAAGGUGAAGAUGGAUGCUCAACAAUAUCAUGUUUGCCUUGAAGAACAAAGAUUACUGCAUGAGAGAAAAGAUUUUGAGCAGGUAAAGGCAUCUACGCAGAAAUAUUUUGACACUAUGAAGAAUGAUUUGGAAAAGGCCAGGAAUGACAUCCAAAAAUUGAAUGAAAUUGUGGCCACACUUGAAAAAGAAAAAGAACAAAACAGGAUUCUUGUUGAAGCAACCAACAGGAAGAAUGAUGACCUGGAGAAGAUGGCUGCUGAGAUAGCAGAGCAAAAACAAGACAUUGACACAAAAAUCGGAAUUCUUCAGGAAGAGAAAAAUGAGCUUGAGCGUAAAAGAUUGGAGCUACAGAGGAAAGAUGAAGAGUUGCAUUUGCACAUAUUAAAACAAAAAGAAAAGGAGAACAUUGACAGAAUAGGAAUGGAAGAAGAGAGAAAAGCAAUUGAAAGAGAAAUAAUCCUGAUCAAGAGAAAGAAGGAAGAGGCUGAAAAAGAAAAGGAAGAAAUGGCAAAGAGGUGGAAAGAACUAGACAUGGUGAAAGAUCAAUUAGAAAAAGAGAGAGAAGAAAUAGAGAAAGGCAAAGACAAAAUAAUAACUGACAAUGUUUUAUUGGACCAAAAAGCGAAUGAAUUAAAUGAAGAAAAGCAACUUCUGGAGGAAAAGUGGAAUAAAAUUACAAAGGACACCAAUGAUCUGGAUAAGAUCAGGGCAGAGCUUGAAGAAAAACAAGAAGAAAUUAACAUGAUGAAAGAGAAAAUGAAUCAGGAAAGAGAGGAGCUCGAUCAAAUAAUGAAUGAAAUUGAAACAGAAAAGGAAAGCAUGAGAUUGAGCACAACCAAAUUGAAAAAUGAGGUGGAACAAAUGAAGGCCAAGUUGGAAGCUAAGCAAUAUGAUAUUGAUCUUCAAAGGCAAAAUUUAGAAGAUGAGAGGAAUGCUUUCAAGCAGUCAAAGGCAUCUGUGGAAAGAGAAGUUAAUGAUAUGAAGAAUGCGUUAGGAAAGGCUAGAAUGGACAUGCAACACUUAUCUGACAUAAUAACAACACUAGAAAGUGAAAAAGAGCAGCACAAAAUUCUUGAAGAGGUAACAGCCAGAAAGAAUGAGGAAUUAGAGAAGAUGGCUGCUGAAAGAGUAGAAGAAAACAAAGAGUUUGAGACCAUGAAAUUGCUUCUAGAAGAUGAAAAACAUGAACUUAACAGCAAAUGGCUGGAGUUACAGAGGAGAGAUGAGGAAUUGCAAUUGCAAAUCACAGGGAACAAGGAAAAGGAGCUCACUGAAAGAAUGAUAAUGGAACAGGAGAGAGAGGCUCUUGAAAAAGAAAGGAAUGACAUUAGGAGAUGCAAAGAAGAGACAGAAAAAGAAAAAGAAGGCAUGGAGAAGAAGUGGAAAGAAUUAGAAACGGUGGGAUUGCAAGUGAAAAAGGAUCAAGAUGAAAUACAGGACUGCAAAAGUAAAUUCAUCACCACCCAAAUGUUUCUUGAUGAAAGAGAGGCAGGACUGAAUCAGCAACAAAUCAUUCUGGACAAGAAUCUGAAAGACAUAAAGAAAGAACAAUAUAAUCUAGAGAAGAUUAAGGAUGAACUUGAAAGUCAAAAAGAAGAGAUUGAAAAUAUAAAAGAGAAAUUGCUAAAGGAGAGGAAGGAACUUGAUGAGCUAAUGAGUGAAAAUCAAAUGGAGAAGCAAAACAUUUCAAUAGAUAAAGACAUUACAAGCAAAAUGAAGAAUGAGCUAAAACAAAUGAAGACAAAGAUGGAUGCUCAGCAAUAUCAUGUUGACCUUGAAGAACAAAGAUUACUGCAUGAGAGAAAAGAUUUUGAGCAGGUAAAGGCAUCUACGCAGAAAGAAGUUGAGACUAUGAAGAAUGAUUUGGAAAAGGCCAGGACUGACAUCCAAAAAUUGAAUGAAAUUGUGGCCACACUUGAAAAAGAAAAAGAACAAAACAGGAUUCUUGUUGAAGCAACCAACAGGAAGAAUGAGGACCUGGAGAAGAUGGCUGCUGAGAUAGCAGAGCAAAAACAAGACAUUGACACAAAAAUCGGAAUUCUUCAGGAAGAGAAAAAUGAGCUUGAGCGUAAAAGAUUUGAGUUACAGAGGAAAGAUGAAGAGUUGCAUUUGCACAUAUUAAAACAAAAAGAAAAGGAGAACAUUGACAGAAUAGGAAUGGAAGAAGAGAGAAAAGCAAUUGAAAGGGAAAUAACCCUGAUCAAGAGAAAUAAGGAAGAGGCUGAAAAAGAAAAGGAAGAAAUGGCAAAGAGGUGGAAAGAACUAGACAUGGUGAAAGAUCAAUUAGAAAAAGAGAGAGAAGAAAUAGAGAAAGGCAAAGACAAAAUAAUAACUGACAAUGUUUUAUUGGACCAAAAAGCGAAUGAAUUAAAUGAAGAAAAGCAACUUCUGGAGGAGAAGCAGAAUAAAAUUACAAAGGAGAGCAACAAUCUGAGUGCGAUCAGGGUAGAAGUUGAAGAAAAACAAGAUGAAAUUAGCAUGAUGAAAGGGAAAUUGAAACUGGAAAGAGAGGAGAUUGAUCAAAUAAUGAAUGAAAUUGAAACAGAGAAGGAAAGCAUUCAAAUGAAUACCGAAAUUACAUCCAAAUUUAAAAAUGACGUGGAACAAAUGAAGGCCAAGUUGGAAGCUUAUCUAUAUGAUGUUGAUCUUCAAAAGCAAAAUUUAGAAGAUGCGAGGAAUGAUUUUGAACAGUCAAAGGCAUCUAUGCAAAGAGAAGUGAACGAUUUGAAGAACGCAUUGGAAAAGGCCAGAAUGGACAUGCAACACUUAUCUGACAUAGUAACCACAGUAGAACAUCAAAAAGAACAACAAAGGAUUCUUGAAGAGGUAAUAUCAAGACAGAAUGAGGAAUUAGAUAAGAUGGUUGCUGAAAGAGCAGAAGAAAACAAAGAGUUUGAGACCAAGAAAGCUCUUCUUGAAGUUGAAAAACAUGACCUUAACAGCAAAUGGCUGGAGUUACAGAGGAGAGAAGAGGAAUUGCAAUUGCAAAUCACAGAAAAUAAAGAAAAGGAGCUCGCUGAAAGAAUGAUAAUGGAACAGGAGAGCGAGGCUCUUGAAAAAGAAAGGAAUGACAUUAGGAGAUGCAAAGAAGAGACAGAAAAAGAAAAAGAAGACAUGGAGAAGAAGUGGAAAGAACUAGAAAUUGAAGAAUUGCAAGUGCAAAAAGAUCAAGAUGAAAUAAACAAAUUCAAAAGCAACUUCAUCACCAUGAAAAUGUUACUCGAUGAAAGAGAGGCUGGACUGAAUCAGAAACAUAUCAUUAUGGAUAAGAAUCUGAAAGACAUAAUGAAAGAACAAAAUAAUCUUGAUAGGUUUAAGUGUGAGCUUGAAAGGCAAAAAGAAGAGAUUGAAAAUAUAAAAGAGAAAUUGUUAAAGGAGAGGAAGGAAAUUCAUGAACUAAUGAUUGAAAAUCAAAUGGAGAAGGAAAACAUUUUGAUGGAUAAAGACAUUGCAUUCAAAAUGAAGAAUGAACUAAAACAAAUGAAGGUGAAGAUAGAUACUCAACAAUAUCAUGUUGACCUUGAAGAACAAAGAUUACUGCAUGAGAGGAAAUAUUUUGAGCAGGUAAAGGCAUCUAUGCAAGAAGAAUGUGAGGCUAUGAGAUUUGAUUUGGAAAAGGCCAGGAAUGACAUCCAAAAAUUUAAUGAAACUGUAACCACACUUGAAAAAGAAAAAGAACAAAACAGGUUUCUUGUUGAGGCAACAAAUAGAAAGAACGAUGACCUGGAGAAGUUGGCUGCUGAGUUAGCAGAGCAAAAACAAGACAUUGACACAACAAUUAGCAUUCUUCAGGAAGAGAAAAAUGAGCUUGAGCGUAAAAGAUUGGAGCUACAGAGGAAAGAUGAAGAGUUGCAUUUGCACAUAUUAAAACAAAAAGAAAAGGAGAACAUUGACAGAAUAGGAAUGGAAGAAGAGAGAAAAGCAAUUGAAAGGGAAAUAACCCUGAUCAAGAGAAAGAAUGAAGAGGCUGAAAAAGAAAAGGAAGAAAUGGCAAAGAGGUGGAAAGAACUAGACAUGGUGAAAGAUCAAUUAGAAAAAGAGAGAGAAGAAAUAGAGAAAGGCAAAGACAAAAUAAUAACUGACAAUGUUUUAUUGGACCAAAAAGAGAAUGAAUUAAAUGAAGAAAAGCAACUCCUGGAGAUAAAGAUCAAUGAAAUAACAAAGGAAAGCAACAAUCUGUAUAAAAUUAAUUUCAAUCUUGAAGAAAAAAAAGAAGAAAUUAAUAUGAUGAAAGGGAAAAUAAAACAGGAAAGAGAAGAGCUCAAUCAAAUAAUUUAUGAAAUUGAAACAGAAAAGGAAAGCAUUCGACUGAGUAGAGAAAUUACAACAAAAUUGAAAAAUGAGGUGGAACAAUUGAAGGCCAAGUUGGAAGCUAAGCAAUAUGAUGUUGAUCUUCAAAGGCAAAAUUUAGAAGUUGAGAGGAAUGCUUUUGAGCAGUCAAAGGCAUCUAUACAAAGAGAAGUUAAUGAUUUGAAGAAUGCUUUAGAAAAGGCCAGAAUGGACAUGCAACACUUAACUGACAUAUUAACCACACUAGAACAUGAAAAAGAACAACACAGGUUUCUUGAAAAGGUAAUAUGCAGACAGAAUGAGGAAUUAGAUAAGAUGGUUAUUGAAAGAGCAGAAGAAAAAAAAGAGUUUGAAACCAAAAAAGCUCUUCUUGAAGUUGAAAAACAUGAUCUUAACAGCAAAUGCCUUGAGUUACAGAGGAGAGAUGAGGAAUUGCAAUUGCAAAUCACAGGGAAUAAGGAAAAGGAGCUCACUGAAAGAAUGAUAAUGGAACAGGAGAGAGAGGCUCUUGAAAAAGAAAGGAAUGACAUUAGGAGAUGCAAAGAAGAGACAGAAAAAGAAAAAGAAGACAUUGAGAAGAAGUGGAAUGAACUAGAAACUGUGGAAUUGAAAGUGAAAAAAGAUCAAGAUGAAAUAAACAAAUUCAAAAGCAAUUUCAUCGCCAUGCAAAUGUUACUCGAUGAAAGAGAGGAAGGACUGAAUCAGAAAGAGAUCAUUAUGGAUAAGAAUCUGAAAAACAUAAAGAAAGAACAAAAUAUUCUUGAUAAGUUUAAGGCUGAGUUUGAAAGGGAAAAAGAAGAAAUUGAAAAUAUCAAAGAGAAAUUGAUUAAGGAGAGGAAGGAGCUUCAUGGACUAAUGAUUGAAAAUCAAAUGGAGAAGCAAAACAUUUUAAUGGAUAAAGACAUUGCAAUCAAAAUGAAGAAUGAACUAAAACAAAUGAAGGUGAAGAUGGAUGCUCAGCAAUAUCAUGUUGACCUUGAAGAACAAAGAUUACUGCAUGAGAGAAAAGAUUUUGAGCAGGUAAAGGCAUCUACGCAGAAAGAAGUUGAGACUAUGAAGAAUGAUUUGGAAAAGGCCAGGAAUGACAUCCAAAAAUUGAAUGAAAGUAUGGACACACUUGAAAAAGAAAAAGAACAAAACAGGAUUCUUGUUGAGGCAACCAACAGGAAGAAUGAUGACCUGGAGAAGAUGGCUGCUGAGAUAGCAGAGCAAAAACAAGACAUUGAUACAAAAAUUGGAAUUCUUCAGGAAGAGAAAAAUGAGCUUGAGUGUAAAAGAUUGGAGUUACAGAGGAAAGAUGAAGAGUUGCAUUUGCACAUAUUAAAACAAAAAGAAAAGGAGAACAUUGACAGAAUAGGAAUGGAAGAAGAGAGAAAAGCAAUUGAAAGGGAAAUAACCCUGAUCAAGAGAAAGAAGGAAGAGGCUGAAAAAGAAAAGGAAGAAAUGGCAAAGAGGUGGAAAGAACUAGACAUGGUGAAAGAUCAAUUAGAAAAAGAGAGAGAAGAAAUAGAGAAAGGCAAAGACAAAAUAAUAACUGACAAAGUUUUAUUGGACCAAAGAGAGAAUGAAUUAAAUGAAGAAAAGCAACUUCUGGAGGAAAAGAUGAAUAAAGUUACAAAGGAGAACAACAAUCUGGAUACGAUUAAGGAGGAACUUGAAGAAAAACAAGAUGAAAUUAGAAUGACGAAAGAGAAAAUGAAACAGGAAAGAGAGGAGCUUGAGCAAAUAAUGAAUGAAAUUGAAACAGAGAAGGAAAGCAUUCAAGUGAAAAUAGAAAUUACAGCCAAAUUUAAAAAUGAGGUGGAACAAAUGAAGGCCAAAUUGGAAGCUUAUCUAUAUGAUGUUGAUCUUCAAAAGCAAAAUUUAGAAGAUGCGAGGUAUGAUUUUGAAAAGUCAAAGUCAUCUAUGCAAAGAGAAGUUAAUGAUAUGAAGAAUGCUUUGGAAAAGGCCAGAAUGGACAUGCAACACUUAUCUGACAUAGUAACCACAGUAGACCAUCAAAAAGAACAACACAGGAUUCUUGAAGAGGUAAUAUCAAGACAGAAUGAGGAAUUAGAUAAGAUGGUUGCUGAAAGAGCAGAAGAAAACAAAGAGAAUGAGAGGAAGAAAGUGCUUCUUGAACUUGAAAAACAUGAACUUAACUGCAAAUGGCUGGAGAUGCAGAGGAGAGAAGAGGAAUUGCAAUUGCAAAUCACAGGGAAUAAAGAAAAGGAGCUCAGUGAAAGAAUGAUAAUGGAACAGGAGAGAGAGGCUCUUGAAAAAGAAAAGAAUGACAUUAGAAGAUGCACAGAAGAGACAGAAAAAGAAAAAGAAGGCAUGGAGAAGAAGUGGAAAGAACUAGAAACUGUGGAAUUGCAAGUGAAAAAAGAUCAAGAUGAACUAGAAGAAUGCAAAAGAAAAUACAUCACCACCCAAAUGGUUCUUGAUGAAAGAGAGGCAGGACUGAAUCAGAAACAGAUAAUUAUGGACGAGAAUCUGAAAGACAUAAAGAAAGAACAAAAUAAUCUAGAGAAGAUUAAGGAUGAACUUGAAAUUCAAAAAGAAGAGAUUGAAAAUAUAAAAGAGAAAUUGUUAAAGGAGAGGAAGGAACUUGAUGACCUAAUGAGUAAAAAUCAAAUGGAGAAGCAAAACAUUUCAAUAGAAAAAGACAUUACAAGCAAAUUGAAGAAUGAGCUAAAACAAAAGAUGACAAAGAUGGAUGCUCAGCAAUAUCAUGUUGACCUUGAAGAACAAAGAUUACUGCAUGAGAGAAAAGAUUUUGAGCAGGUAAAGGCUUCUACGCAGAAAGAAGUUCACAUUAUGAAGAAUGAUUUGGAAAAGGCCAGGAAUGACAUCCAAAAAUUGAAUGAAAUUGUGGCCACACUUGAAAAAGAAAAAGAACAAAACAGGAUUCUUGUUGAAGCAACAAAGAGGAAGAAUGAUGACCUAGAGAAGAUGGCUGCUGAGAUAGCAGAGCAAAAAGAAGACAUUGAUACAAAAAUCGGAAUUCUUCAGGAAGAGAAAAAUGAGCUUGAGCGUAAAAGAUUGGAGUUACAGAGGAAAGAUGAAGAGUUGCAUUUGCACAUAUUAAAACAAAAAGAAAAGGAGAACAUUGACAGAAUAGGAAUGGAAGAAGAGAGAAAAGCAAUUGAAAGGGAAAUAACCCUGAUCAAGAGAAAGAAGGAAGAGGCUGAAAAAGAAAAGGAAGAAAUGGCAAAGAGGUGGAAAGAACUAGACAUGGUGAAAGAUCAACUGGAAAAAGAGAGAGAAGUAAUAGAGAAAGGCAAAGACAAAAUAAUAACUGACAAUGUUUUAUUGGACCAAAAAGAGAAUGAAUUAAAUGAAGAAAAGCAACUUCUGGAGGAAAAGUGGAAUAAAAUUACAAAGGACACCAAUGAUCUGGAUAAGAUCAGGGCAGAGCUUGAAGAAAAACAAGAAGAAAUUAACAUGAUGAAAGAGAAAAUGAAUCAGGAAAGAGAGGAGCUCGAUCAAAUAAUAAAUGAAAUUGAAAUAGAAAAGGAAAGCAUGAGAUUGAGUACAACCAAAUUGAGAAAUGAGGUGGAACAAAUUAAGGCCAAGUUGGAAGCUAAGCAAUAUGAUAUUGAUCUUCAAAGGCAAAAUUUAGAAGAUGAGAGGAAUGCUUUCAAGCAGUCAAAGGCUUCUGUGCAAAGAGAAGUUAAUGAUAUGAAGAAUGCGUUAGAAAAGGCUAGAAUGGACAUGCAACACUUAUCUGACAUAAUAACAACACUAGAAAGUGAAAAAGAGCAGCACAAAAUUCUUGAAGAGGUAACAGCCAGAAAGAAUGAGGAAUUAGAGAAGAUGGCUGCUGAAAGAGCAGAAGAAAACAAAGAGUUUGAGACCAUGAAAUUGCUUCUAGAAGAUGAAAAACAUGAACUUAACAGCAAAUGGCUGGAGUUACAGAGGAGAGAAGAGGAAUUGCAAUUGCAAAUCACAGGGAAUAAGGAAAAGGAGCUCACUGAAAGAAUGAUAAUGGAACAGGAGAGAGAGGCGCUUGAAAAAGAAAGGAAUGACAUUAGGAGAUGCAAAGAAGAGACAGAAAAAGAAAAAGAAGGCAUGGAGAAGAAGUGGAAAGAAUUAGAAACGGUGGGAUUGCAAGUGAAAAAGGAUCAAGAUGAAAUAGAGGACUGCAAAAGUAAAUUCAUCACCACCCAAAUGUUUCUUGAUGAAAGAGAGGCAGGACUGAAUCAGCAACAGAUCAUUCUGGACAAGAAUCUGAAAGACAUAAAGAAAGAACAAAAUAAUCUAGAGAAGAUUAAAGAUGAACUUGAAAGUCAAAAAGAAGAGAUUGAAAAUAUAAAAGAGAAAUUGUUAAAGGAGAGGAAGGAACUUGAUGAGCUAAUGAGUGAAAAUCAAAUGGAGAAGCAAAACAUUUCAAUAGAUAAAGACAUUACAAGCAAAAUGAAGAAUGAGCUAAAACAAAUGAAGACAAAGAUGGAUGCUCAGCAAUAUCAUGUUGACCUUGAAGAACAAAGAUUACUGCAUGAGAGAAAAGAUUUUGAGCAGGUAAAGGCAUCUACGCAGAAAGAAGUUGAGACUAUGAAGAAUGAUUUGGAAAAGGCCAGGACUGACAUCCAAAAAUUGAAUGAAAUUGUGGCCACACUUGAAAAAGAAAAAGAACAAAACAGGAUUCUUGUUGAAGCAACCAACAGGAAGAAUGAUGACCUGGAGAAGAUGGCUGCUGAGAUAGCAGAGCAAAAAGAAGACAUUGAUACAAAAAUCGGAAUUCUUCAGGAAGAGAAAAAUGAGCUUGAGCGUAAAAGAUUGGAGCUACAGAGGAAAGAUGAAGAGUUGCAUUUGCACAUAUUAAAACAAAAAGAAAAGGAGAACAUUGACAGAAUAGGAAUGGAAGAAGAGAGAAAAGCAAUUGAAAGGGAAAUAACCCUGAUCAAGAGAAAGAAGGAAGAGGCUGAAAAAGAAAAGGAAGAAAUGGCAAAGAGGUGGAAAGAACUAGACAUGGUGAAAGAUCAAUUAGAAAAAGAGAGAGAAGAAAUAGAGAAAGGCAAAGACAAAAUAAUAACUGACAAUGUUUUACUGGACCAAAAAGCGAAUGAAUUAAAUGAAGAAAAGCAACUUCUGGAGCAAAAGUGGAAUAAAAUUACCAAGGACACCAAUGAUCUGGAUAACAUCAGGGCAGAGCUUGAAGAAAAACAGGAAGAAAUUAACAUGAUGAAAGAGAAAAUGAAUCAGGAAAGAGAGGAGCUCGAUCAAAUAAUGAAUGAAAUUGAAACAGAAAAGGAAAGCAUGAGAUUGAGUACAAGCAAAUUUAAAAAUGAGGUGGAACAAAUGAAGGCCAAGUUGGAAGCUAAGCAAUAUGAUAUUGAUCUUCAAAGGCAAAAUUUAGAAGAUGAGACGAAUGCUUUCAAGCAGUCAAAGGCAUCUAUGCAAAGAGAAGUUAAUGAUAUGAAGAAUGCAUUAGAAAAGGCUAGAAUGGACAUGCAACACUUAUCUGACAUAAUAACAACACUAGAAAGUGAAAAAGAGCAGCACAAAAUUCUUGAAGAGGUAACAGCCAGAAAGAAUGAGGAAUUAGAGAAGAUGGCUGCUGAAAGAGCAGAAGAAAACAAAGAGUUUGAGACCAUGAAAUUGCUUCUAGAAGAUGAAAAACAUGAACUUAACAGCAAAUGGCUGGAGUUACAGAGGAGAGAAGAGGAAUUGCAAUUGCAAAUCACAGGGAAUAAGGAAAAGGAGCUCACUGAAAGAAUGAUAAUGGAACAGGAGAGAGAGGCGCUUGAAAAAGAAAGGAAUGACAUUAGGAGAUGCAAAGAAGAGACAGAAAAAGAAAAAGAAGGCAUGGAGAAGAAGUGGAAAGAAUUAGAAACGGUGGGAUUGCAAGUGAAAAAGGAUCAAGAUGAAAUAGAGGACUGCAAAAGUAAAUUCAUCACCACCCAAAUGUUUCUUGAUGAAAGAGAGGCAGGACUGAAUCAGCAACAGAUCAUUCUGGACAAGAAUCUGAAAGACAUAAAGAAAGAACAAAAUAAUCUAGAGAAGAUUAAGGAUGAACUUGAAAGUCAAAAAGAAGAGAUUGAAAAUAUAAAAGAGAAAUUGUUAAAGGAGAGGAAGGAACUUGAUGAGCUAAUGAGUGAAAAUCAAAUGGAGAAGCAAAACAUUUCAAUAGAUAAAGACAUUACAAGCAAAAUGAAGAAUGAGCUAAAACAAAUGAAGACAAAGAUGGAUGCUCAGCAAUAUCAUGUUGACCUUGAAGAACAAAGAUUACUGCAUGAGAGAAAAGAUUUUGAGCAGGUAAAGGCAUCUACGCAGAAAGAAGUUGAGACUAUGAAGAAUGAUUUGGAAAAGGCCAGGACUGACAUCCAAAAAUUGAAUGAAAUUGUGGCCACACUUGAAAAAGAAAAAGAACAAAACAGGAUUCUUGUUGAAGCAACCAACAGGAAGAAUGAUGACCUGGAGAAGAUGGCUGCUGAGAUAGCAGAGCAAAAAGAAGACAUUGAUACAAAAAUCGGAAUUCUUCAGGAAGAGAAAAAUGAGCUUGAGCGUAAAAGAUUGGAGCUACAGAGGAAAGAUGAAGAGUUGCAUUUGCACAUAUUAAAACAAAAAGAAAAGGAGAACAUUGACAGAAUAGGAAUGGAAGAAGAGAGAAAAGCAAUUGAAAGGGAAAUAACCCUGAUCAAGAGAAAUAAGGAAGAGGCUGAAAAAGAAAAGGAAGAAAUGGCAAAGAGGUGGAAAGAACUAGACAUGGUGAAAGAUCAAUUAGAAAAAGAGAGAGAAGAAAUAGAGAAAGGCAAAGACAAAAUAAUAACUGACAAUGUUUUAUUGGACCAAAAAGCGAAUGAAUUAAAUGAAGAAAAGCAACUUCUGGAGGAAAAGUGGAAUAAAAUUACAAAGGACACCAAUGAUCUGGAUAAGAUCAGGGCAGAGCUUGAAGAAAAACAAGAAGAAAUUAACAUGAUGAAAGAGAAAAUGAAUCAGGAAAGAGAGGAGCUCAAUCAAAUAAUAAAUGAAAUUGAAAUAGAAAAGGAAAGCAUGAGAUUGAGUACAACCAAAUUGAGAAAUGAGGUGGAACAAAUUAAGGCCAAGUUGGAAGCUAAGCAAUAUGAUAUUGAUCUUCAAAGGCAAAAUUUAGAAGAUGAGAGGAAUGCUUUCAAGCAGUCAAAGGCUUCUGUGCAAAGAGAAGUUAAUGAUAUGAAGAAUGCGUUAGAAAAGGCUAGAAUGGACAUGCAACACUUAUCUGACAUAAUAACAACACUAGAAAGUGAAAAAGAGCAGCACAAAAUUCUUGAAGAGGUAACAGCCAGAAAGAAUGAGGAAUUAGAGAAGAUGGCUGCUGAAAGAGCAGAAGAAAACAAAGAGUUUGAGACCAUGAAAUUGCUUCUAGAAGAUGAAAAACAUGAACUUAACAGCAAAUGGCUGGAGUUACAGAGGAUAGAAGAGGAAUUGCAAUUGCAAAUCACAGGGAAUAAGGAAAAGGAGCUCACUGAAAGAAUGAUAAUGGAACAGGAGAGAGAGGCGCUUGAAAAAGAAAGGAAUGACAUUAGGAGAUGCAAAGAAGAGACAGAAAAAGAAAAAGAAGGCAUGGAGAAGAAGUGGAAAGAAUUAGAAACGGUGGGAUUGCAAGUGAAAAAGGAUCAAGAUGAAAUAGAGGACUGCAAAAGUAAAUUCAUCACCACCCAAAUGUUUCUUGAUGAAAGAGAGGCAGGACUGAAUCAGCAACAGAUCAUUCUGGACAAGAAUCUGAAAGACAUAAAGAAAGAACAAAAUAAUCUAGAGAAGAUUAAGGAUGAAUUUGAAAGUCAAAAAGAAGAGAUUGAAAAUAUAAAAGAGAAAUUGUUAAAGGAGAGGAAGGAACUUGAUGAGCUAAUGAGUGAAAAUCAAAUGGAGAAGCAAAACAUUUCAAUAGAUAAAGACAUUACAAGCAAAAUGAAGAAUGAGCUAAAACAAAUGAAGACAAAGAUGGAUGCUCAGCAAUAUCAUGUUGACCUUGAAGAACAAAGAUUACUGCAUGAGAGAAAAGAUUUUGAGCAGGUAAAGGCAUCUACGCAGAAAGAAGUUGAGACUAUGAAGAAUGAUUUGGAAAAGGCCAGGACUGACAUCCAAAAAUUGAAUGAAAUUGUGGCCACACUUGAAAAAGAAAAAGAACAAAACAGGAUUCUUGUUGAAGCAACCAACAGGAAGAAUGAUGACCUGGAGAAGAUGGCUGCUGAGAUAGCAGAGCAAAAAGAAGACAUUGAUACAAAAAUCGGAAUUCUUCAGGAAGAGAAAAAUGAGCUUGAGCGUAAAAGAUUGGAGCUACAGAGGAAAGAUGAAGAGUUGCAUUUGCACAUAUUAAAACAAAAAGAAAAGGAGAACAUUGACAGAAUAGGAAUGGAAGAAGAGAGAAAAGCAAUUGAAAGGGAAAUAACCCUGAUCAAGAGAAAUAAGGAAGAGGCUGAAAAAGAAAAGGAAGAAAUGGCAAAGAGGUGGAAAGAACUAGACAUGGUGAAAGAUCAAUUAGAAAAAGAGAGAGAAGAAAUAGAGAAAGGCAAAGACAAAAUAAUAACUGACAAUGUUUUAUUGGACCAAAAAGCGAAUGAAUUAAAUGAAGAAAAGCAACUUCUGGAGGAAAAGUGGAAUAAAAUUACAAAGGACACCAAUGAUCUGGAUAAGAUCAGGGCAGAGCUUGAAGAAAAACAAGAAGAAAUUAACAUGAUGAAAGAGAAAAUGAAUCAGGAAAGAGAGGAGCUCGAUCAAAUAAUAAAUGAAAUUGAAAUAGAAAAGGAAAGCAUGAGAUUGAGUACAACCAAAUUGAGAAAUGAGGUGGAACAAAUUAAGGCCAAGUUGGAAGCUAAGCAAUAUGAUAUUGAUCUUCAAAGGCAAAAUUUAGAAGAUGAGAGGAAUGCUUUCAAGCAGUCAAAGGCUUCUGUGCAAAGAGAAGUUAAUGAUAUGAAGAAUGCGUUAGAAAAGGCUAGAAUGGACAUGCAACACUUAUCUGACAUAAUAACAACACUAGAAAGUGAAAAAGAGCAGCACAAAAUUCUUGAAGAGGUAACAGCCAGAAAGAAUGAGGAAUUAGAGAAGAUGGCUGCUGAAAGAGCAGAAGAAAACAAAGAGUUUGAGACCAUGAAAUUGCUUCUAGAAGAUGAAAAACAUGAACUUAACAGCAAAUGGCUGGAGUUACAGAGGAGAGAAGAGGAAUUGGAAUUGCAAAUCACAGAGAAUAAGGAAAAGGAGCUCACUGAAAGAAUGAUAAUGGAACAGGAGAGUGAGGCGCUUGAAAAAGAAAGGAAUGACAUUAGGAGAUGCAAAGAAGUGACAGAAAAAGAAAAAGAAGGCAUGGAGAAGAAGUGGAAAGAAUUAGAAACGGUGGGAUUGCAAGUGAAAAAGGAUCAAGAUGAAAUAGAGGACUGCAAAAGUAAAUUCAUCACCACCCAAAUGUUUCUUGAUGAAAGAGAGGCAGGACUGAAUCAGCAACAGAUCAUUCUGGACAAGAAUCUGAAAGACAUAAAGAAAGAACAAAAUAAUCUAGAGAAGAUUAAGGAUGAACUUGAAAGUCAAAAAGAAGAGAUUGAAAAUAUAAAAGAGAAAUUGUUAAAGGAGAGGAAGGAACUUGAUGAGCUAAUGAGUGAAAAUCAAAUGGAGAAGCAAAACAUUUCAAUAGAUAAAGACAUUACAAGCAAAAUGAAGAAUGAGCUAAAACAAAUGAAGACAAAGAUGGAUGCUCAGCAAUAUCAUGUUGACCUUGAAGAACAAAGAUUACUGCAUGAGAGAAAAGAUUUUGAGCAGGUAAAGGCAUCUACGCAGAAAGAAGUUGAGACUAUGAAGAAUGAUUUGGAAAAGGCCAGGACUGACAUCCAAAAAUUGAAUGAAAUUGUGGCCACACUUGAAAAAGAAAAAGAACAAAACAGGAUUCUUGUUGAAGCAACCAACAGGAAGAAUGAUGACCUGGAGAAGAUGGCUGCUGAGAUAGCAGAGCAAAAAGAAGACAUUGAUACAAAAAUCGGAAUUCUUCAGGAAGAGAAAAAUGAGCUUGAGCGUAAAAGAUUGGAGCUACAGAGGAAAGAUGAAGAGUUGCAUUUGCACAUAUUAAAACAAAAAGAAAAGGAGAACAUUGACAGAAUAGGAAUGGAAGAAGAGAGAAAAGCAAUUGAAAGGGAAAUAACCCUGAUCAAGAGAAAGAAGGAAGAGGCUGAAAAAGAAAAGGAAGAAAUGGCAAAGAGGUGGAAAGAACUAGACAUGGUGAAAGAUCAAUUAGAAAAAGAGAGAGAAAAAAUAGAGAAAGGCAAAGACAAAAUAAUAACUGACAAUGUUUUAUUGGACCAAAAAGCGAAUGAAUUAAAUGAAGAAAAGCAACUUCUGGAGGAAAAGUGGAAUAAAAUUACAAAGGACACCAAUGAUCUGGAUAAGAUCAGGGCAGAGCUUGAAGAAAAACAAGAAGAAAUUAACAUGAUGAAAGAGAAAAUGAAUCAGGAAAGAGAGGAGCUCGAUCAAAUAAUAAAUGAAAUUGAAAUAGAAAAGGAAAGCAUGAGAUUGAGUACCACCAAAUUGAAAAAUGAGUUGGAACAAAUGAAGGCCAAGUUGGAAGCUAAGCAAUAUGAUAUUGAUCUUCAAAGGCAAAAUUUAGAAGAUGAGAGGAAUGCUUUCAAGCAGUCAAAGGCAUCUAUGCAAAGAGAAGUUAAUGAUAUGAAGAAUGCGUUAGAAAAGGCUAGAAUGGACAUGCAACACUUAUCUGACAUAAAAACAGCACUAGAAAUUGAAAAAGAGCAGCACAGAAUUCUUGAAGAGGUAUUAGCCAGAAAGAAUGAGGAAUUAGAGAAGAUGGCUGCUGAAAGAGCAGAAGAAAACAAAGAGUUUGAGACCAUGAAAUUGCUUCUAGAAGAUGAAAAACAUGAACUUAACAGCAAAUGGCUGGAGUUACAGAGGAGAGAAGAGGAAUUGCAAUUGCAAAUCACAGGGAAUAAGGAAAAGGAGCUCACUGAAAGAAUGAUAAUGGAACAGGAGAGAGAGGUGCUUGAAAAAGAAAGGAAUGACAUUAGGAGAUGCAAAGAAGAGACAGAAAAAGAAAAAGAAGGCAUGGAGAAGAAGUGGAAAGAAUUAGAAACGGUGGGAUUGCAAGUGAAAAAGGAUCAAGAUGAAAUAGAGGACUGCAAAAGUAAAUUCAUCACCACCCAAAUGUUUCUUGAUGAAAGAGAGGCAGGAUUGAAUCAGCAACAGAUCAUUCUGGACAAGAAUCUGAAAGACAUAAAGAAAGAACAAAAUAAUCUAGAGAAGAUUAAGGAUGAACUUGAAAGUCAAAAAGAAGAGAUUGAAAAUAUAAAAGAGAAAUUGUUAAAGGAGAGGAAGGAACUUGAUGAGCUAAUGAGUGAAAAUCAAAUGGAGAAGCAAAACAUUUCAAUGGAUAAAGACAUUACAAGCAAAAUGAAGAAUGAGCUAAAACAAAUGAAGACAAAGAUGGAUGCUCAGCAAUAUCAUGUUGACCUUGAAGAACAAAGAUUACUGCAUGAGAGAAAAGAUUUUGAGCAGGUAAAGGCAUCUACGCAGAAAGAAGUUGAGACUAUGAAGAAUGAUUUGGAAAAGGCCAGGACUGACAUCCAAAAAUUGAAUGAAAUUGUGGCCACACUUGAAAAAGAAAAAGAACAAAACAGGAUUCUUGUUGAAGCAACCAACAGGAAGAAUGAUGACCUGGAGAAGAUGGCUGCUGAGAUAGCAGAGCAAAAAGAAGACAUUGAUACAAAAAUCGGAAUUCUUCAGGAAGAGAAAAAUGAGCUUGAGCGUAAAAGAUUGGAGCUACAGAGGAAAGAUGAAGAGUUGCAUUUGCACAUAUUAAAACAAAAAGAAAAGGAGAACAUUGACAGAAUAGGAAUGGAAGAAGAGAGAAAAGCAAUUGAAAGGGAAAUAACCCUGAUCAAGAGAAAGAAGGAAGAGGCUGAAAAAGAAAAGGAAGAAAUGGCAAAGAGGUGGAAAGAACUAGACAUGGUGAAAGAUCAACUGGAAAAAGAGAGAGAAGAAAUAGAGAAAGGCAAAGACAAAAUAAUAACUGACAAAGUUUUAUUGGACCAAAGAGAGAAUGAAUUAAAUGAAGAAAAGCAACUUCUGGAGGAAAAGGGGAAUAAAAUUACAAAGGACACCAAUGAUCUGGAUAAGUUCAGGGCAGAGCUUGAAGCAAAACAAGAAGACAUUAACAUGAUGAAAGAGAAAAUGAAUCAGGAAAGAGAGGAGCUCGAUCAAAUAAUGACUGAAAUUGAAACAGAAAAGGAAAGCAUGAGAUUGAGUACAACCAAAUUGAAAAAUGAGAUGGAAGAAAUGAAGGCCAACUUGGAAGCUAAGCAAUAUGAUGUUGAUCUUCAAAGGCAAAAUUUAGAAGAUGAAAGGAAUGCUAUAGAACAGUCAAAGGCAUCUAUACAAAGAGAAGUUAAUGAUUUGAAGAAUGCUUUGGACAAGGCCAGAAUGGACAUGCAACACUUAUUUGACAUAAUAACAACACUAGAAAGUGAAAAAGAGCAGCACAGAAUUCUUGAAGAGGUAAUCGCCAGAAAGAAUGAGGAAUUAGAGAAGAUGGCUGCUGAAAGAGCAGAAGAAAACAAAGAGUUUGAGACCAUGAAAUUGCUUCUAGAAGAAGAAAAACAUGACCUUAACAUCAAAUGGCUGGAUUUACAGAGGAUGGAUGAGGAAUUGCAAUUGCAAAUCAUAUGCAAUAAGGAAAAGGCAAAGGAAGUUUGCAUACAGCAUAAAUUGGAAACACAAAUUCAAGAUGCAAAAACCAUGACAGAACUUAUAAGUAUGGCUGAAGUCAUGGAAAAAAGCACACAGACAGAUGAUCAAGAGCUUUUAGGAACUAGAGAUCAGACCACUGACAGAGACCUUCUGCCCACCAAAAAAGAGAUAGAGAAAAUGCGAAGAAUCAUAAUGCAAAUGAAAGAGGAAUUAGAGAACAGAUUACAAGUCAUACAAAGGAACGAAAUGGAGAGAGCUGGGAUACAGCGAGAGAAAAUUGAAAUGCAGCUGAAGAAAGCUGAAAUCGAGAGGCACAAUGAAGUUCUUCUACGAGAGAGUGAGACAGAGAAGCAGAAAGUCAUAGAAAAGGAAAGAGAAAUUAACCUGUUAAAAGAGUGCAUACUGAUUGAGAUAAACAAGCUAAAGAGCAAAAGAACAGAAACAAGCACUGAUUACCUGGAGCACAUAGAACAUCUUAUAAGUGAAACAGUAAUAAAAAUAGACAGAUUCAGAGAGAUGACAGACAAAGCUGUUCAAACACUGGUGGAGGAGAAUGAAGAGGUACAGAAGGAAGAAGAGGAAAGAGUAACGGGUCAGCAGAUGAAGGCCAUGUGGGCACAUGAGCGGUAUGAACAGGUCGUGGCCACCAGUUCCACUCUGCAUGUCCUGGUUGAGGAUGAGGAGAGGGUAACUCUGGAUAGGGAAGUGCUGAGGGGAGCCCUGGAUGGAGAAGUGUCCCGCAGAUGGCAGCUGCCGCAGUGGAUCAGGAGAUGCUGCUCCUGCUGCUACCGCUAAACUAUAGAAAGAGAUAUAGAGGAGUAGGGCAUUUUAUAAUCUUGAGGCCACAAAGCAAAUACAUUUAAACCUGAGAAGAACAUUUUGUCCAUUUACCCAUAUCAUCUUAUCAAUGAUUGCCUAUAAACUAUUUUACCUGUUACAUUAGCUAAGGUGACAACAAGAAAUGUUAUCGUAACUAAAAAACAUCUUGCAGUCUUAUGGAAAUAUUUUUCAUGAAAUUUUAAAUACAAAUACAUGCUAAUAUUAUUUGUGACUAAGUGUUUUAUAGGUAUAUAAAAUGCCUAUAGGUAUAAGCAUUUUAAGAAACAAAUUUAUGUAUUUGCAUACAUAUGUUUUCUACAUCCACGUUUUUGUACUUAUUCUGAGUAGAUCUUGUCCUUGAGCAACACUGGAUGCUCUGAUUCUCAGAUUUCAAAGUUUGAUGAUAGCUCCCUCUAAAAAGGUAAAAUGUGAACAUUGUUGUCCCAAGUAGUGUCCCAAUAAUAGUGCUGUGAAUGACUUCUGAGUUGUGUUGUGUUUGAGCUCUCCAAGAUCACCAAUUGACUAUGUUCUCAUUGGGUGGAAGGAUCUUUUGCUCCCAUAUCAGCACAAGACAUACCAAUCUGCUGUACACAUGGUCAUACAGGAGGAUCAAGCACUUAGCACUCUCAGAGGACAGCAACAUAUGCAGAUGCCCAAUGGUUGAAUCAGUGGUUGAAAUUAAUGUCUCAAAACCCCCCAAAGCACACUCCUGUGCUAUGCAUGGCAGAGUGAACACAGAUUAAUGACAGACUUACCUAAACAGAGAAAGAGACGUUAAAUCCACAACAGGCUAAUCAGGUAAUUUCUAAGAACAAAUGAAUACUGAGAAGUACAAUGACGAUAUUUGCUAUCCCAUGAAUGCAUUUGUACCCAAUUCAUCUGUAAUUACAUAUAUUGCAAUAAAUGUCAUUUUGAAUUCA